AGGGAGAGAGUACAAGCUCCCUGGUCCUGUCUGUUUGAAACAGCCGCUAGAGCUCUCGGUCAGCUUGCGGGCCGGCCGCUCCCUUCCCACGCCUGGACCAUGCUCCGCUGCGUCUUCCUGCGCGGCCACAGGCGAGGACUCGAUAUCUGCAGCUGAGAGCUAAAACUUUUUAAACUUUUCUUCUCCCCAACAACUGAACCAUGCCAUGUGCUCGGGGGAGCUGGCUGGCAGAGCUCUCGAUGGUGGCUCUGCUUCUUAACUUUGGGGCUUUUUGCCACGGGAGACAAACUCAGCCCUGGCCGGUUCACUUCCCAGACCCGAGGCAAGAACAUUUUAUCAAGUCCUUGCCAGAAUACCACAUAGUGAGUCCGGUCCAAGUAGAUGCCGGUGGCCAUUUUCUGUCCUAUGGCCUGCAUCACCCCGUCACCAGCAGCAGGAAGAAGAGAGAUGCAGGCGGUUCUGGGGACCAGGUGUACUACAGAAUUUCACACGAAGAAAAAGACCUGGUUUUCAAUCUGACUGUCAACUGGGAAUUUCUUUCCACCGGCUAUGUCGUGGAGAGGAGAUAUGGGAACCUUUCCCAUGUUAAGAUGGUGGCUUCCUCAGGCCCACCCUGCCAUCUCAGGGGCACAGUUCUGCAGCAGGGCACCAUGGUCGAGAUCGGAACAGCAGCUCUCAGUGCCUGCCAAGGACUGACUGGAUUUUUCCAUCUACCACAUGGAGACUUUUUCAUUGAGCCUGUUAAAAAGCAUCCACUGACCGAGGAAGGGCACCACCCUCAUGUCGUAUACAAGAGGCAGAGCUCCAGAGCUCCGGAGACAAAGGAACCCACCUGCGGAUUAAAGGAUGGUCUUGAUAACUCUGAGAAGCAAGAGCUGCAGCGGGAGAAGUGGGAGAGGCAGAAUGCACCAAGAAGAAGCCUCUCCCGACGCUCUGUAAGCAAGGAGAGAUGGGUGGAGACCCUCGUGGUGGCCGACACGAAGAUGGUGGAGUACCAUGGAAGUGAGAACGUGGAGUCGUACAUCCUCACCAUCAUGAAUAUGGUCACUGGGUUGUUUCAUAACCCAAGCAUUGGAAAUCUAGUCCACAUUGUCGUGGUUCGGCUCAUUCUACUUGAAGAAGAGGAGCAAGGAUUGAAAAUAGUUCACCAUGCAGAGAAGACACUGUCCAGCUUCUGCAAGUGGCAGAAGAGCAUCAAUCCCAAGAGUGACCUCAACCCUGUCCAUCAUGAUGUGGCUGUCCUUAUCACCAGAAAGGACAUCUGUGCUGGUGUCAAUCGUCCUUGUGAGACUCUGGGGCUGUCCCAACUGUCAGGAAUGUGCCAACCUCACAGGAGCUGUAACAUCAAUGAAGACUCUGGCCUACCGCUGGCUUUCACCAUUGCACAUGAACUUGGGCACAGCUUUGGCAUCCAGCAUGAUGGAAAGGAGAACGACUGUGAGCCUGUGGGCAGGCACCCAUACAUCAUGUCCCAGCAAAUUCAGUAUGAUCCGACUCCACUGACAUGGUCAAAAUGCAGCAAGGAGUACAUCACUCGCUUCCUGGACCGAGGCAGGGGGUUCUGUCUUGAUGAUAUCCCCAGGAAGAAAGGCUUGAAGUCCAAUGUCAUUGCCCCUGGAGUCAUUUAUGACGUUCAUCACCAGUGCCAGCUCCAGUAUGGCCCGAAUGCUACAUUCUGCCAGGAGGUGGAAAAUGUUUGCCAGACUCUGUGGUGCUCCGUGAAAGGCUUCUGUCGCUCCAAGCUGGACACUGCUGCAGAUGGGACCCGCUGUGGGGAGAAGAAGUGGUGUAUGGCUGGAAAGUGUAUCACAGUGGGGAAGAAACCAGAGAGCAUCCCAGGAGGCUGGGGACGCUGGUCACCCUGGUCACAUUGUUCCAGGACAUGUGGGGCAGGAGCUCAGAGCGCAGAGAGACUCUGCAACAACCCAGAACCAAAGUUUGGAGGGAAAUACUGCACCGGAGAAAGAAAACGCUAUCGCUUAUGCAAUGUCCAGCCCUGCCGUUCAGACACUCCAACUUUCCGGCAGAUGCAGUGCAGUGAAUUUGACACAGUCCCUUACAAAAACCAAUUCUACCGCUGGUUCCCAGUGUUUAAUGCAGCACAUCCUUGUGAGCUGUACUGCAGACCCAUAGAUGAACAGUUCUCUGAGAAAAUGCUGGAAGCCGUCAUUGAUGGCACCCCAUGCUUUGAAGGUGGCAACAGCAGAAAUGUCUGUAUUAAUGGCAUAUGUAAGAGGGUUGGCUGUGACUAUGAGAUUGACUCCAAUGCUACAGAGGAUCGCUGUGGGGUGUGCCUUGGAGAUGGCUCUGCCUGCCAGACCGUGAAGAAGCUGUUUAGACAGAAGGAAGGAUCCGGUUACAUUGACAUCGGACUUAUUCCCAAAGGCGCAAGGGAUAUAAGGGUGAUGGAGAUCAAAGCAGCCGGCAAUUUCCUGGCCAUUAGGAGCGAAGAUCCGGAAAAAUAUUACCUCAACGGGGGGUUUAUUAUCCAGUGGAACGGAAACUAUAAACUGGCAGGGACCGUUUUCCAGUAUGACAGGAAAGGAGAUCUGGAGAAACUUAUGGCUCCAGGCCCCACCAACGAGUCAGUGUGGCUCCAGCUACUAUUCCAGGUGACGAACCCUGGUAUCAAGUAUGAGUACACAAUCCGGAAAGACGGCCUUGACAAUGACGUGGAGAAGUUGCUGUACGUCUGGCAGUUUGGCCACUGGACAGAAUGCAGUGUAACAUGUGGAACAGGUAUCCGCCGGCAGGCUGCUCACUGUGUCAAGAAAGGCCAUGGGAUAGUGAAAACUACCUUGUGUGACCCAGAAACCCAGCCCAGCGUGAGACAGAAGAAGUGCUAUGAAAAGGACUGUCCACCCAGGUGGUGGGCAGGGGAGUGGGAGGCAUGUUCAACCACAUGUGGGCCCUAUGGAGAGAAGAAGAGAACGGUGCUGUGCAUCCAGACCAUGGGCUCUGAUGAACAGGCUCUCCCUGCUACAGACUGCCAGCACCUGCUGAAGCCCAAGGCGCUGGUUUCCUGCAACAGAGAUAUUCUGUGUCCAUCGGAUUGGACAGUAGGCAACUGGAGUGAGUGCUCUGUUUCCUGUGGUGGUGGAGUACGGAUUCGCAGUGUCACAUGUGCCAAGAACCUUAAUGAACCCUGUGACAAGGCACGGAAACCCAACAGUCGAGCUCUGUGUGGCCUCCAGCAGUGCCCAUCCAGCCGAAGAGUUCUGAAACCCAAUAAAGAUACAGCUCCCAGUGGAAAAAAACAAACAAUAUCAGAACAUGACCCCUUCAAGCCCAUCCCAGCACCUACACCCAGGCCUACACCACCAUCCACACCUACAGUGCCAGGGUCUGUGAGCCCAAGUACUCCUGCAAUCAACAGCCUUGGCUCCACCAUAGCAUCCCAAGAAGAUCCAGAUGGGGAAGACUGGCAGAACAAUUCAACCCAAGCUGGAGAGGACUCCCACUUCUUUACUUCUGGAAGCACUUCCCAGGCCCCCCUGACUUCCUGGUCUUUGAGUAUCCAACCCGAUGAUGAAAAUGUUUCCAGUUCAGCUAUAGGUCCAACUUCAGAGGGUGACUUUUGGGCGACCACAACAAGUGAUUCUGGGUUAUCAUCCAGCAAUGCCAUGACUUGGCAGGUAACUCCAUUUUAUAGCACUGUGACUGCAGAUCCAGAAUUGGAGAUACAUAGUGGUUCAGGGGAAGACAGUGACCGGCCUUUGAACAAGGAUGAAAGCAACUCUGUGAUAUGGAACAAGAUCAGGGUGCCCGAACAUGAUGUCCCCAUGGAGACGGAUGCAGAAAUGCCACUUGGACCUCCACCAACAUCUAAUGUGGGGGAAGAGCCCUCAUGGCCUCCCUUCAGUACAAUGAUGGAAGGCUCAUUACCUGCCUGGUCCUUCAAAAAUGAGACACCUAGGGAUGAGGGGAUGAUUCCACACCCUCUUGGAGGAGACCACCAGCCGGCACCCUCAAAGAAGUUAGAAAACCAGGACCGAUUGGCAUUGCCAAAUAAUACAAAUCCAACCCAAGGCUUUGGGCCUGUCCUGACUGAGGAAGAUGCCUCUAGUCUGAUUGCUGAGGGAUUUUUGCUAAAUGCUUCCGAUUACAAGCAUCUUAUGAAGGACCACAGUCCUGCAUACUGGAUUGUUGGAAAUUGGAGUAAGUGCUCCACCUCCUGUGGGCUGGGGGCUUACUGGAGGACUGUGGAAUGUAGCACCGGGGUAAACGCUGACUGCGCAACCAUUCAGAGGCCAGACCCUGCUAAGAAGUGCCACCUCCGCCCCUGUGCUGGCUGGCGAGUGGGAAACUGGAGCAAGUGCUCCCGAAACUGCAGCGGAGGCUUCAAGAUUCGUGAGGUGCAGUGCAUGGACAGCCUGGACCAUCACCGGAGCCUGAGGCCAUUUCACUGUCAAUUCCUGGCUGGCGUUCCUCCUCCUCUGAGUAUGAGCUGUAACCCGGAGCCUUGCGAGGCAUGGCAAGUGGAGCCCUGGAGCCAGUGUUCUAGGUCCUGUGGAGGCGGUAUUCAGGAGAGAGGUGUGUCUUGCCCAGGAGGCCUCUGUGACUGGACAAAAAGACCUGCAACCACUGUGCCCUGCAACAGACACCUUUGCUGCCGCUGGGCCACUGGGAGCUGGGAGCUGUGUACCACUUCUUGUGGUGGUGGCUCUCAGAAGAGGACCGUUCACUGCAUCCCCUCAGAAAAUAGUACAACUGAAGAUCAAAACCACUGCCUCUGUGACCAUCAAGUCAGACCCCCAGAACUCCGAAAGUGCAACCAGCAAGCCUGCAGGAAGAGUGCUGAUUUAACUUGCAUGAAGGACAGACUUUCAACCAGCUUCUGCCAAACCCUAAAAUCCAUGAGGAAGUGCUCUGUGCCAUCAGUGCGAGCCCAGUGCUGCCUCUCAUGUCCUCAGGCGCCCAGCAUCCACACCCAGAGGCAAAGAAAACAACAGUUGCUCCAAAACCACAACUCGGUCUAGGUUCAGAGAGGAGCCGCCAUCAUGGGCCUCUACAGCCUGAGACCCAAGAACAUGGUCCAGAUGGUCGCUUCACUAAUAUUUUACUUUACACAUUAUAGGUUCAACUUUGGGUCAUAACAAACAAAUCACAAUGUGUGUGUCUAGCCACAAAAUGUUCCUCACAGAAAGCUUGGGGCUGGCUGCUCCUUGAGAGGAAGACAAAGUAUUUGAGAGAAUGCUGCAGCAGUUGAGAUGCAUUUCUGGGGAAAGUGCCAGAUUAGGCAAGUCUGUGAAAAUAUGUCUUUCCCCCUUUAAAGGUAAAAGUACAGACCAGAUUUUUUUUUCCAAACUACCUCACGAGUAUCAAGAAACAAAGCCACACUUACCCAGGAAAUAGAUAAUCUUUUAAAUUUGUCUACAUGAAUAUAUCCUCUUUGGGUGCUUUGGGUAACCACUGUCUAAAAGUCAUGGGGCAAUUUUUAGGAACAUCUAUCCAGUAGUCAAUAGGACAGGAAAGGAUGCUCAGUCUACUCUGCAUCCCUGUAGGACUUCACAACUGGAAACCUAGAAUCUUGGGACAAACCAUGAAGAUUUGAGAUUAAGGAGACACAAGCAUCAAAUUCAGCCUAGGGGGAUUAGAUUGGAGAUCAAGAAGUCAUUUUUUUUUAACUUUACUUCAGUGUCUAUUAAAAGUCCUAAUGACACAAAUGAACAGAAAUCAACUUCUUGCUAGCAUAAGAAAGAAAAUGUUUGGUCCUUAUUCCUCAGACUUUCCUGGCUAUGUCAGCUCGUCACAGAACAGUGUGUUCCUGUCUGCCAGUCUUUCACCUGCCCUGUCCCUAUCAGGGACAUGACCUCAGGUCCUGCUGUCAUCCCUGUGGAGGAAGAUUAUACGCAAAAACUGCUACAACUAGGGUUAUAGCUGAUUGCAUACCCCGCUUCUCUCCUGAGAGAAAAAGUGAUGUUCCCAAUUAAACCACUUUUCAAAAUCAGGACAUUGUAUUAAGUCUAGGAAUUUAGUAGAAAUUUAUAGUUUAGAAGGAAAAAAGUUCUAAAAAGUAGGCAAGAUGACCUAUUUAGUAUGUCCAUUACUGACCUUUAAAAGACUUUUGUCAUUAGAGAUAAAGAGCUGAGGUAGAAUGCAUAUUUAGUACAGUCAUGCAAGGCCUUCAGUUUGGUCUCUAGCAACACACAUGUAUGCAUAUACACAUACACAGAGAAUCAAAAAUAGAGGCUAACUUACCUUGUAGAGAGCAAACAAGUCAAGAGAGUCCCAAACACUGAAAUAGAAGUUAGUGGCCUUAUUUUAGACAUCCCGUCCCCACUGAAGUCAGAGCUGGCUGUGAGCACAAACUCAGAGCAAAUUUCCAGAUUAGCCUAUAGACCGAACCUAGAGUGGAAGGAAGAGCAUGUAGAGAGAAGCAAGCCCUGGGGAAAGACCCCAGAACCAGCUCUUGACAGGACAGGAGGCAAUGUAUGCCUUCUGGUGAUGGAUCCCAUAGCUUUGGGCUUGUGCACCAAUAAACACCAUCUUCCUACAGUACCCCACAGCUCCCUGUAGUUAUCUAUCCAUUCAGCAGAAUGGUGCUAUUGAACUUGGUGCUAACACCUAGAUGGUGGCAGAGCUUUGCAGAAGUGUUAACAAAUGUCAUGUGAAUGGCUAAGUGUCUAGGAACUUCCAGAUAGACAUAUGCUUUGUGUGCGAUGGUGUUGCUGGCCAAUGCCAGUCUUAUUUGUUUUGAGACCAUGAACAUAGCAUUAUAUAGGAUGCCAUUUUAAACUCUUUCAAGCCACUAGUAUGUGUUAUUCUGGUCAAUUCCUGUGGAAAUAAAACACUGGGAUUUGGAUAAAAUUCAAGGUAUACCAGAAAUAAGAGAGAAUACACAUUUACUGAAGCCAGGGAAUUUAUGUGUAGUUAAGCAUACAUUCUUGCAUUCUGUCUUUACAUAAAAACAUUGCUGGCCAAUGACAAUCUCUGGUGAAAUAACUAUUUUAGAGAAAUGCUUACAUCAUUAUAUUAGUGGCAUAAAUGGAGAAAAAAGUAGAGCAGAACUUGACUUUCUAAUGAGGAAUUUUGCAAAGACUCAGAGUACAGGCUUUCAGAAGUGUUAAUUAGUAAGCCAGGUGAAUUUAACUUAAGCUGGUACUGUUCUAGAGUAAAGUACAUGACACUAGAGUCCUGCGUAUGACCAGGCUUGUGAAACUCAGGAACAAACUUGGAUUUCUACUGACCUCAACAAAUUAAAGUAGGCCAGAUUUCCCAAUGCACAAAGUAGACCCUGUCAUUUGGAACCCAUGUGGUGGAGCACAUCACGAGCCUGUGGGGAAAAGUCUGGCCAGGUGCUUCAUUCUAGAUCUUUCUCCAGUUUCUCAAGUACAGGAAAUAGGCCUCUGAUAGUGCAUCAUGGACAUCCUCUUCUUACCAUUGUCCUGCGGUGUGUGUCAUUUGUGUUCGCUGUAGGGGUCCUCAGUUAGCUGCUCUGCUGUGGGCUACCAGUGUUUCCAUAGAUAUUUAACGCUCAAGAUGCUAGAAGAACCUUGAAUAGCAAGAUGAUGCCGGCAGCAAGAGCUGGAUAGUGUCUUCAUGGGGUCAAAUGAAAAGGCUUGGUUUAUUUCAUCCAUAUCCUCCUUCACAUUAACUUCUUGAAGGUGUGAGCAAGUUCAAGACACUGGAUACACCCUUACCAUGAGCCAGACAGGUCCGUCAUGAGGCCGUGUGCUUAAAUGCAUCACAUGAGGUUUACAUUGCUUUUCAGAGUGAUAAAAUUAGUUCUUCUCCAAAGAGUUAUAGGCUAUUUUAUUCUUAUGUUAUGCCAUAAGAGAACACUAUUCCUAGAAACUUUAUAGUGAAUACUUUGUUCAACUCAUGAAUUAUGUUCUGCAACAAAGGAUUGCUUUACUCUGUAGGAAUAACUGUUUAGUCAUAGGUCUUCCUAAACAACAGCACACACGUCCUUCUGGUCUCCCGAGACAGCAUGUCUGCACUGACUUUCCAAUGCAAUGCUUUCUGAGAAUCUGUUUUGAACAAUCUAAAUCAAGAAUCUGGAUCAGUUUGAAGGAUUAUAUUAUUUCAGACCCUAGCUUCCCAUCUGGUCAGGUGAAGUUCUUUGAAAGCUACACAUUGCUAUCCUAGAAAGGUGCAAAGUCUUAGCUCUCUCCUUUCUCACUUCAAGAUGAAGCUCUGGGACAGCCUAUCUGGUGCUCAAUCCAUAGUGAUUCACUUGUGCAAGCCACAUGCCUUGAGCUUCCUGGUGCUAAAACCAAUCCAUUAUAUUUGAUGCUACUCCAGUUGCUAAUGCAAGUAUUUUUUUUUUAACGUUAAGUAUUUCUAAGUUCUGUCUCCAAAAAUAAUGUGAUGGGGAAACUGUAUUCCUCCCUCCCAUUACCCUCGAAAAUAAUGGCGUGACAUCCAUGGCUAACUGAUUGUCUCCUCUGUGUUUCUGUACUGCUGCUUCAUGGGCUGAUUCCCACACUCCUUAUGUACCCUAUGAGAACCUCAGUAUUAAAGCCAGAUUAUAAUCAUAGGCUGUUUCUGUGUGGCAUCAA